AUGGAGUCUCACUACACGGUUCUGGGGGUGCAGCCGGCAGCGUCUGUGGCACAGAUCAAGGAGGCGUACCGCCGUAGACUGCUCUCCUCGCACCCGGACAAAACGGGAACGCAGACCCGCGGCAGCGAAGUCGCCAGAAUCACAGACGCUUAUCGGGUGCUGGUCGAUCCCGUGAAACGACAGGAGUACGACGUCGCGCGGCAGGAAGAGCUCUCCAAGCUGGGCGUGGCGACCGGCGACGGCCUCGAAACAUACUCGCUGGACGACUUUGAAAUGACAGACUACGAGGACGAGCCGCGCUGGACCAAGAGCUGUCCGAGGUGCACAUAUCCGGGCGGCUUCGAGCUCAGCGAGGCCGAUCUCGACAAGGGGACGGUUCUGGAAGACGGCCAGUACGAACUCAUAAUACAGUGCAGUAGCUGCAGUCUGUGGCUAGUGGUGAAGUACGCAGAAGAAGCAGACUGA